GAAGAAUUAGAAGCAGUUCUAACUUGGGAAAACUCUUCAGGCUCUCUUUGAAUCGACCAACAUGGCUUCAGUACGAGAAGUGUCCAGUUUCACCGAAGACCUGCUGUGCCCCAUUUGCCUCUCCCUCUUUCGGGAGCCCCACAUACUGGUGUGCGGCCACAGUUUCUGUGCUUCCUGCCUGGAGCCCUGCAUCCCCAAAGGGGAAAGUCAUGGGCUCUGCCCCGAGUGCCGCCACCCCUUCACUUUGCGCCACGUGAACCGAGCCCUCGGCAGCUUGGCCAAGAAGGCCCGGCUUCUGAAGCUGGAUGAAAGGGCUCAGCUGAGUGGCACUGCCGUCUGGUUCUUCUGUGAGGAACACGAGGAGCCCCUGAAGCUCUUCUGCAACCAAGAUGAGGAGCCCGUUUGUGUCAUCUGCCGGGAUUUGCCUCAGCACCGGGGACACGAUUUCCUGCCCAUCAAAAAUGCGGUUCAGACCUAUCAGGACCAGCUGAAGGCAUCUCUGGAGCCUCUUGAGAAAGAUCUCAAGCGGUUGAAAAGGAGCCAGUGCCACCAGCGGAAGAACAUUCUUGAAUUAAAGACCUGCUCUGAAUCCUUGUCUGAUCAUAUCUCUGGAGAGUUUGCGAAGAUGCACCAGCUGCUGAACGACAGAGAGCUGAUUAUACAACAGGCCUUAAAAAACCAGAGAGAAAAGAACUUGGCGCAGAUGGAAACCAAGUUAAAGGAACUGGACUGCAAGAUUGCCUCUCGGUCUGAAACUCUGCGCCGUGUGCAGGCCGGCCUUGAAUCCAAAGACCACAUAAGUUUCCUCAAGGAUGCAAAAGGGUUGCUAGAGAGGCCCCGUAAGGAACAAGGAGCUCCGGACGAACCCAAAAUAGAUGCUGAACUGGUAGGAGAAGAUGGGCUGGGGGCCAGCAGUGAAGACACAGGUGAAUGUGAGAAUGAGAUUGAAGAAGAUGUUGAGGAGGAGGAAGAGGAGAGAGAAGAGGAGGAAGAGGAAGAAGAUGGAGUGGUGGCUGUAGACUUGAACUUGGGCGAGUUUAAAGGACCUCUGCAAUUCUACGCCUGGAAGGGGGUCUACAAUGGGCUACAUCCAGUCCCUGCAAGCAUCACUUUGGACUGCGAGUCAGCUCAUCCCAGCUUGGUCCUGAUGGAAGACGCCACUGGGGUCAAGUUCAAUCCUCGCCAAUGGCUAGAGAGCAUCACUUCCACCCCAUUUGUGGUGGGACAGAAGGGCAUUACCACUGGGCGCUUCUAUUGGGAGAUCGACGUUGGGGACAGCACCGAUUGGAUAGUUGGGAUGGCCAAAAAGUCUGUGAGGUGCAAGAAGCAGCUGAACUUUCUGCCCAAGGAAGGGGUGUGGGCUAUUGAGCUGAAGGCGGGAAAGUACCAAGCUCUGAGUGAGCCCCGAACGGCCCUCUCGGUCUGCGGGAAGAUAAAAGAAGUUGGGGUCUACCUGGACAUUGAAGGGGGGCAGCUCUCUUUUUACAACAGCAGCAGCAUGUCCCACCUCUACACCUUCCAAGCGUGCUUCUAGGAUGACCUUUCCAAGCCUGCUCCCAUUCUGCCCUUACUCAGCACUCGAAGCAACUACCCCCUCUCAUUGUGGACCCUGGUGCUUUGAGAGCUUAGCUCAGGGUGUAGCAUUGCAAAGAACAGCCUGGUGAAAGUUGAAAACAUUGAGGUGCCUUAGGAUGGCUGUUUUAAGAGAAGGCCCAUUCCAUUCCCUCUUUGCAAGCAAUCAUUUGAAGAUCUGAAAGUGGUUUGACCUGACUAUUGUGGUCUACAAUGGUUGUUCUAGGCACAGAGGGUGCUAUAAGUGUAGCUUUCAAGUUGACCUUCUGUUUCCCACAUGUUUAAUUUCCUUGAUGCAUUGACUGUAGUGAGGGUAGAGGUUGCCUCGGUCCACCUGUGGUGCAAGAUUUUUACCUCCUUUCAAUGUGCUCCACUGCAGGCAAAAAGAAUGAAGGCAAGCCAUACUUCCUGCCUUUGGUUGGGGAGGCCUUAAUAGAGAUGUUCAAAUAUUCAAAUUCUGAGUUGUGUUUGUAUCUGUAACAAGUGAUGGUUUUCCUCAUCGCCCUAUGAUGCUAUACGGCAUUGCACAUCAAAACAACUAGACACAAGGACAAUUGCCCGUCCGUCCCCAAUGCCAUCAUCA